UCUCACCGUGGCCACCAACCUGACCUCCCUCCCUCCCUCCCUCCCGUUUUCCAAUGGCGGUGGUUAUGUCCGUCGGAAAUUCUCCCAUCUACCGCCGCAACAACCAUUCACCACGCUCACACUCACCCAACAUUUCUGUCAAUAAUCAUAAGCUUUCUGUCAAUUUCACCUCUGCGCCUAGGUUGUUCUCAGUUAAAGGAAAACUCCGUGCGCCAAAUUUGUUCAACCGUUUCACUUUUAGGAUUAGAAGCUUUCAGCCAGACGGUGCAGAAUAUUCUGAUUCUGCAAGCUACAUAGACAAGUCUGAGAGGCGAGAUGAAAUUGCUGAUGUCAUACUUGAAAGUUCAAAAGAUAAAACCAAUGGGACAAGGAGUUCAUUGCUGGCACAACUAGCAAUAGUCUUGGGUAUAGCGGCAACUGCUACACUGUUGUCCAUAUGUCUCAAGCAGCCUAAUCAGGGACCUUCUUCUGGAAUUCAGAUAUUGGCUGGGGGGGCAUCUGCCUCUGCUCCACCAAGUGUUGGUUUUUCUUUCAGUGCUUUUGGAUACCGAAUCAUACUUCCAGAAUACACUCCGGGAUGGAUCUAUUUUUGGCUGCUGAUGGCUGCAGGAUGUGGACUUUUCAUCAGUGAAGAGGCUUUGAACAUAUGGGUUGGCAUUUCCAUAGCACGCAUGUUGUCGUUGGAUGGGACAAGGCAGUCUUUCAUUGAAUCAUUUUCUAUAAAUACUCCAUAUAUAUUAUCCACUGUUUUGUGGGUAUACUGGGGAGUUUGUAUUAGUGAUAUGAUACCAUUUUACCUUGGAAGGCUCUUUAAGAAAUCUGGUGCAUCUGAUGAUGUUUGUUCAAAGUUGGGGAUUAAUGAAGACAAAGCGCUUGGCCUUACCAGCCUUGUACAAAGAUAUGGGAAUCUCAUUGGUUUUGUUGAACGAUUUUCUCUUGGAGUGAGAAAUCCAACAGCUUUUUUUGCCGGGGCAUUGGAUAUAUCCCCUGAGUGUUUCUUUGCCGGUGUUUGUUGUGGUGGAUUGAUUACUCUUCCCGUCCAGCUUGGAAUUGGUUUCUUACUGAGAGAACGACCUGUAUUUGCUCUUGCCACUGUUGCUACAGUAGUGGGUAUAUGGACCAUCUUUCCCUAUGCAGUAGCUGCUUCAACAGCAUUAUUCUUUUAUCUGCGACGGCGCUACUCUAGUUAACACCGUAACCAAUUUAGACCACAGAGGAUUAGAUAGAUAUUACAAUUAAAGUUAUUGAAACAGUAUUAUUUUCAUAGAAGAAAUAUACAAUUAAAUUGAUUGCUCAUGUCUCUGUUCAGGAUUGUAUAAUAGGUGAUAGAUAAGAAAGUUAAAGUUGGCGUAUAGCUAGAUAGCUCAUUUUUCAAAUAUAAAGAGCUGUCUUUUGUUUGUAAUUCUAGACUCGUUCAUCUAAUAUGAGCUUUAUAAAAUUAUAAUA